ACCGGGUUAGCCAGGAUGGUUUCGAUCUCCUGACCUCGUGAUCCACCCGUCUCGGCCUCCCAAAGUGCUGGGAUUACAGGCUUGAGCCACCGCGCCCGGCCCUGAAUUCUUUCUUGCGCGGGAUCCAAGAAUGUUCUCUGGGGGUCUGGAUCACGACCCCUUCCUGGUAACACUCGUACUGCCCAUUUGGUCAGGACUGUGCACUGUGGAUUUUGUAAUCUAUUUCCACAGACACUGAAUGAAUGAACCACCUCCCAGCACACAGGUGUGUGCCAGGAUUUACCUUCUGUGGAGGGAUGAUGCUGGCUUUCUGUUCGCUGCAAGCUGUCUCGGAUCAGCUGUGUGACUUAGGGCAAGUGAAAUCCCUCUCUGUUUCCUUACAUGAAAGUGACAGGGAUGUGGACUGGGCUGCCACUGUCUUGGCCAGGGACGUGCAGGGUGUGACUCCUCUUCUGAGCUGUCCUGUAGGUCUGGGUGACGUUCCAGCUCCAGGCCCUCGGCUGAACACCCACCCAUCAGAACCCCCAGGGGAGGGCUGCCGGUGGAGCGGGGACUCCCCGCACUUUCUGCUGACCUCGGAGGCCUGUGAGAAAAGGUACUGGAUUUGGGAACAGCCCAGUCCUACACCCCGCAGCUACGGAGACGGGUUCCCGCUCAGGAUAAGGCUUCGUUGUCAACCCGAAGGGCUGGGGAGAAGUGCUGUCUGUUUUUCAGAAGGGAUUCUCCCGGGGGUGGGGCGGGCAGCGCGGUUAGCCCCUGUGAGGGAAAAGCUCUGGUCCCCACUGGGCGGCCGUAGGCCCUGGAGGCAGCCCGCGGUCAACCUGCUGAGCUUGUCCACGAGUCUGCGCCAGCCGCAGGUCUCUGCCCUGCGUGUCCUGUGUGGCCACAGCCUGUCCAAGCGAGCACCGGGGCGACCCGCGCCUGCGGAGCCCCUGAGGACAAGCCUUUCCUCCGGGACCCGCAGGAGCGCCAGAGCCCGCCUUCCUGGGCCAACAGGCGGCUGCGGCCAUACGAAGCGCAUUAACUAUUAAUAAUUUCCAGUUGUUUGCUCGCUGGCUUCGCCCGGUUCCCCAGGCCUCUGAGGAUGGGAUCCUGCUCCGUCUGGCUCCCCUGACCGCCAGGUCGGAAGCUGUUAGCGCCUCCCGGGUCCCGCUGGGACAGGGCGAGGGGUCAACGCGCCCCCAGAGCCCCGGCGCGAGCGGGUCCCCGCGUCCACCUGUAGCGCGCCCGGGGCCAGACCGGGCUGGGGCGUUUCGUGCUCGGCAUCCCCAGCGCGCGGGGAUCGGCCUCUGGGGGCGGGGC